CCUGCCUUCGAGCACGCGCAGUAGCUGGAUAGUUGUUGUGCGCGGGACGUACGGAAAAGUAUCGGGGUUCGAACGGAGAAGAAACCAAAAUCCCGAGACACCCAGACAAAUUCCUAGGAAGCGGUAAUGGAAGUCUUGUGUCUGUUGCACUGGGGCUAUUCAGCACCCUCUUAUUAUGACCCAUUUUGGUGUUACUCAUGUCAGUUACGUUCAUUUGACUGGAAAACCAAUAAGCAGCAGAAUGGGAGAAGGACUCCAAGAUGCUGGGGCGGAGGGAAAAAGUGUAAACAAUGGAUGAUGACUUCACUAUUUCCCUCACACCCCCAUACCUCACUGAAAGCUUAGAGAUGGCUAUGGAAGUGGAAAAGGAGAACUCCAGCCCCCCUUGUUUUUCCUGUGCUUUAGACAAUCGAGAUGGAGGGAGAAACUUUUCUGUAGAGUCUCAUCUAGCAAGUGGGUCUCUUAAGAGGCUUUUGCUGAGACUGGAUCCUUCUCCAACUGACUAUGAAGAAGAUACAGUGGAAAUAUUUGGCUUUCAUUGGGUUACUGAAAUUGCGUUAGUUGAGUCCUGUAGACUUCUCUUUGGUUUACUUAGGCAACAGAUAAACAAAUUGGAAAACCUAGUACAGAUGAGUUCAUCAGACUUUGGUCAGGCUGCAAAUCUACACUCUGAAGCAGGCAACAUCAGACAUCAGUGUAUUGCAUUUCUGCAUUAUGUGAAGGUGUUCAUCUUCAGAUACCUGGAAUCACACAAAACAGAGGAUGACGGGCUACUUCAUCCAUAUGAAGAACUGGAAGUCCAGCUCCCUUCAGUGCUGGUUGAGGAGCUUCAUGCCUUGACCUUACAUAUUGGACAUCUGUAUGAACUCCCAAGUAGUAUCCUGGGAGCAUUUACCAUUCAACAUCAGGCAAAGCUGUUUCCUCCAUCGUGGCAUUUACUGCAUCUCCACUUGGAUAUCCAUUGGCUAGUGCUGGAAAUUCUUCAUGUCCUAGGCGAGAAGAUGCUGCGACAAAUUGUGUACGCUCACCAAUUCAUGAACCUAACCGGAGAAAAUUUAACCAAUAUCAGUUUAUUUGAAGCACACUGUGGAAACCUCUUCUGUGAUUUGAUAAGCUUGUCAAUCAACAAAUAUACCAAGGUUAGACCAUCGGAGGCUCUAACUAGUCACCACUACCCCUGUAGCUGCAUUAAGGAAUUAUGGGUUCUGCUUAUUCAUCUGUUGGACCACAGAAAUAAAGGGUCUCAUACAGAGUCUUUUUGGAGCUGGGUGAAUAAACUACUAAAGAAGGUCUUUGAAAGACCCAGUACUGCAGAAGGGAUGUCUGUUUCUGAGCCAGUGCAGUGCAAAGAUCCAUUAAGUUUUAGCUGGUGGAUUAUUACUCAUCUGGCAUCACUUUACCAGUUUGACCGUAACGGAAAUGUAGAGGAAAAGAAACAAGUAGAAUCCAAUUGGAAUUUUGUGGAAGAACUGCUGAAAAGGUCCACUGAUGCUCAAGCUGCUGUAUUAGAGGAACAGAUACGAAUGCAUCUUCAGUGCUGUUUGACUCUGUGUAGCUUCUGGGACUUGAAUCUACCUACUGUCACCAUACUCUGGGAGUAUUACAGCAAGAAUCUGAAUAGUUCCUUCACCAUUCCGUGGCUUGGUCUAAAGGGUCUAGCAAGUGUUAGUAAAACUCCUUUGUCUAUGCUUGAAUUGGUGAAAAACUGCUGUUCUGACCAGCAGAGCCCUGACCUGUAUAAGUCCAGCAACAGUUACCUAAUUUUUCUCUGUAUUUUGGCACAAAUGAUGAAAGAAGCAAUGGAGAGCAAUGUAACCCAUCCUUGGAAACAAAUUAAAGGAAGAAUUUAUUCCAAGUUCCAUCAGAAAAGAAUGCGAGAGCUGACAGAGGUGGGGCUGCAGAACUUCUUUAAUCUUUUCCUUGUGUUAGCGGCUGUUGCAGAGACAGAGGACAUUGCAAGCCGGGUGUUGGAUCUCCUGGAUUUUCUUAGCCCAACCUCCACCAGCACGUCUCAGAGAGCUCUAAUUUGGAGAGGCUACUUUGCCUUCCUUUUGAUGUAUAUUGAGAAGAACAUGGACAUCAGCGUUCUAGCUGAGAAACUUUCACAUGCUUUCUGUGAAAAGGCAAAGGAGUUUUUGGUCACCAAGAAUGAUCACACACACAAACAAAAUCUCUGGACACCACUUUCCACUUACAUUGAUGGUGUUCAAGAAGUGUUUGAGACCAGCUGCUACUUGAACCUUUCCCAGGAAAAGUUGUUGAAUGAUGGAUUUAGUAUGCUGCUCCCGGCUUGUCGAGGAACUGAACUCAACAUGGUCCUAAACUUCCUGCAGGUGGUUCUGUCCAGGCUCAGGAGUGUGCACAAACGUAUGAUCCAGGGACCUCAGCUAGGGAAAACGGGCCCAAACACACAACUUCCAUUAGUGGCUAAAGAGCACCACCUUGCUGUUGCCAGUGCUCUCUGGAGAAAUUUUUUCCCCUUCUUGAAGAGCCAAAGGAUGUCACAGACACUGCCUCCUCCACAGCUUGCAGAUACAGCUGCAGGUUUUACUCUGUUAGCUUUGGACAUGCCCUGUACAGCUCCAUCAGAUCUCCAGCCACAGCCUGUUUUAGCAAUGAUGCAAUUGUUUGGAUGGGAUGAUAUGGUGUGUCCCCAGCUGGUAUCAAGAUAUCUCAGUCAUCUAAUACAAAACAGCACAUUGUCUGAAGCUUUUUCUGGUAUGGGACAUACAUCCUAUGAAGCCUUGUCAGUACGUUCUUGGUUUCGAUGCAUUUUACAAAUGUACAUUGAUCAGCCUACUGGUACAGUGACCAGGACAAAUGUUGAGCGAACAGUUGGGAAAGUUUAUAUGGAGCAGCUGACUGAAAUGACGAGGUUGGUUUUUAAACUCUCAGAAAUAGAAAACAUCUUCUCAAAGGCACAUUUUGAUGAGUCAAUCUUCAAGCAAGACCCUAAGAAUGCUCUUGUCCAAUUCAUUAAGGCUGUUGGUGUAACUUACAGCGGCCUUCAGACUGUAGCUGAGAAAUCUGCCAUGGUAACAAAGACUUUAGACUAUCUAGGUGACGUGGUAAAAUAUGUAAAACCUUAUUUGCAGAAGAAAGGACCUGCUGAAGGCCUGCAGCUCACUUACUCGAUUAUAGGAGGCCUUGUAAAGUUCUGGGCACCAAUACUGGCAACUUCCAAAGCACAACAGCUUUUGUUCCGCAUCAUAGAUAGCUUGCUAUUGCCACUUGUCGUGUUUCAGCAAGACAAAGAGCUGCCUGCCGUUAUGCUGUCUGCCAUUCGGGAAAAUCUUCCUCUUUAUCUUCAGGGCUUGUCCUUUAUAUGCUGUCAGUCCCAAACUCAAGGUGCCUAUUUGAACCAACUGCUAGGAAGCGUUAUUCAGCAGUAUUUUGGGCGCUUUCUCCCUCCUUCACCAUCUUCUCCAGGAACUGGACAGCAUCCCAUGCUGCUGGCAUUAUGCAAUUCUAUUACCAUCCCACAGACCUUACAUCUGCGGAAGACCACUGCGCAUGUCAUAAAGGAAAACUACCUCCAGUUCAAAGGUAACGCCCCUCCUCCUCGCCUGGCCUCAGUUCUGGCUUUCAUCCUUCAAGUAUUUCAAAGAACCAAGAGCACUGAAGUAUGUGACAUUGAGUUGCUUCUCCCUGUUGUGUUGAAAUGCAUGGUAUUAGUUAAUGAAACACAAGUUAAGAAACUAUCUAGCGAGAUUCUGCAGUAUAUGGUAGAAGGCUGCCAAGCAGGGUUGGGAAGAGAACCUGCCACCCAACUGACUUCUGUAUUUAGGCAGUUUAUCCAGGACUAUACCACAGUAUAUGAUCAUCAGGUUUACAGCAUCCUAGAAGUAGUGGCAGUCUUGGAUCAGCCCCUAGUUAUCAGUCUGAUUCCAACAAUCACACAGUCCCUGAAGGAUUCAGAGCACAAACAAGGGCUUGGCAGAAACACUGCACAAAGAGAAGCCUACAAAAGACUGUUAUCUCGCCUUACAGCAACUGGUCAAAAUGAGAUACUAAAACUGGAAAAUGAGACAAGUUAACGAUGUAUUGGUGAUUAAUUCUUUCCCCCUGAAAUGUUUGCACUCUGUUACUGCCUGUACUGUUAUUGUAAUGCACUAUCUAAGUUGUUUUUCUUUACAGAUAGAAUCUAUUUAAUGCUUUUAAAAAGUUACGCUGUUUUUCCAAUAGCAUUGGUAGCGUUUGACUAUUGCCAGAAAUAUGAAGAGUAAUUCAAAUAUUUUGUCUUUCAGUUGAUGACUGAAAGAGAUUGCAAAUUCAUUAAAUAUUAGAAACAUUCAUCUAAAAUUCACAAGAAGACACAAGACAAUGUGUGGGAUUUUCAGUAGAGCCUAAGUGACUUAGCGCAAGUCCCAUUGACGUGUGUUUUGAACAAAAUUUUAAUUUCUAAAUUUUUAAUGGGAAAGUGUUUUGUAGAUCAGAAAUAAGUGUGAUGUGUAGAACUCUGGGGGUCAGGCAGCAGGCUUUCAUACUGAGCACACAAAGGCACUUCAUGUCCAUAUGCUGAGCUCAGUGAAUGCAAUGUCUUCACCAAAAGCUGGGUCAGGGUUAGGCUAUCUUACGUUAAUAGAAAGGCUUAUGUAUGUGUUGCACAGAAUAGAGACAGGUGUCCUAACCUUGCUCUUGUAUUGAAACCCUUUUGGGUCUUUCAGGUUCCUCAUCUCUGUUGUCCUGGGGGGAGGGAGGGAGCGAGCAAGCAAGCAAGUCUCAGGUUCCUGAAUAUCAAGGAGAUCUCCCAUUCUGACUGAAGUGGUAAUUUCCUAUUCUCCCUCUUAUCCUGGAUUUAAAACGAACUAAAUUAAAAAUCUAGUUAAAUCCACAAAAUUUGAUGUGAAUUUCAUUAACUUAGACGAAGGAUAAAGGGCGAGAGCGAGAAGGCUGAUGCACUUAGAAGAACUGAUUUCAAAAUCUUUAGUUAGUUCAGACUGAUCCUUGAUCCUUGAUCCUUUCUCUAGUCCGUCAUAACUUCUCUCUAAAUAAAAUAAAAGUUCCUUAACUUUAAUUUAAGAUUCUGUAGAAUUCACAUCUUUCACUUGACUCAUUAACAUGAGUUCCUAAGAGUUAUUCCUGUGGCAUGGGAGUACCUUCUGACAACACCAUUGAAUUGGUUAUCUAUUUUUAAAGUUAUUCAGCCUUAACUUUACAGAGUUAAUGGGGGAGGAGGAGAGACUAUUUUUGUGUAACCACUACAGCUUCAGAAAUGUCCCUACAAUCUUGUUCGGAGCAGCAUCUGUUUUGUUACAGUGCUCCUAUCAAGUAGAAACAGAUAAUCUUUUCCCUAAAUCAGCUAUUGUUACGUCAGAUAAUGUAGUAACUAAAAGCCUCUUUAGGCUACUUAAUAGUGCAGAACAUGGAGGUUCUUUUCAUUAUGAAAGUGACUUAUUGAACUUGUGUUGUAAGCUUCUGCACCUGGAAGGAGUCUUAUUCAUCUCAAGAGGCUUGUGCUUCUAAAAAGCUUUUUUUUUUUCCCUUCAAGAAAACUCUCCAAAUGAGAUUAAUAGAGAUGCCUUCGAAAUCUGAGUUUUAUCACACAGUAGGUAGCAGAACAGAUGUCUUACUGUAGUAUUACUUCCUGAAAGUAAACCCUUUGACUUUUAAAGAAUAGGUAGAGUAGGUAUUGUAACAAAUUAUUUAAUGGUGUGCUCAGUGAGGUUUUUAAAGGUAGAGUGGAUAUUGUCUGUAAAGGUUCUAAAAAAGCAACAAUGCUUUAUGAAAAUGUGACAUAGCUCUUGGUGCAUGAGACACUAAUUUAAACAGUUUGGAAACUAUUGUUCUUUUCUGUCAAAAAGUGACUGCAAACAGAAAUAAAGCAUUUUGCAUGAUAUCACUUAACUACUGUCAAGCAGGCAAUCUGGUAUAGUUUAAUUAUUUGGUGUGGACAGGGACAGAUGUGACUGACUGACAGCCUUGCUAAUAAAGAGAGCAAGGCUUUUGCAGAGUAUUAUGGGGUAGGGUGGCUUAUCUAGUAUACCUCAAAACACUCCACCCAAAUAUUUCACUAGGAGAAAGGCUGCUGAAGGAAAAUUAAAGUAAGUCUAAAACCA